AUGCUUGGUUUGGCCAAUCGCUAUAAGAAUGCCUAUGCUUACGUUGCCGUGGAAGAGGGCGAGGAGGAAGCACCCAUCAACAUCACGCCAAAGAAGCACGUCCCCUUCGGCUUGUUGUGGCAAAAGCUCAAGCUCAUUGUGAUGACGAUUUUCCUCACCUUCUGCAUCACUUUGGUGUUCCCUGUUUUCGCAUCCACGGUGACAUCAGUUCGGGAGAACUCCGAGAACCUCUUUUUUAAAAAAAGCAUCUACAUCCCGUCGUCUUCCUCAUCUGGAACAUCGGCGAUCUCGCUGGCCGUGUGCUUUGCGGCAUGGCCAAUUCGGCCUUCCUCUGGUCUUCAUCCCGUUGUUCUUGACCUGCAACAUCCACCCGGUAGCUCAACGCCACUCAUCUCGUCGGACUCCUGGUACAUAUUGCUACAGUUUCUUUUUGGCCUCUCCAAUGGCCAAUUGUGCACCUCGUGCUUCAUGGUUAUCGGUGACAACUGCUCGACCGACGAGGAGAAGGAAGCAGCGGGCGGCUUCGCCACUGUGUUUUUAACCUUCGGACUUGCAGUCGGCAGCGUUCUCAGUUAUCCUUUGAUCCCCAUCCCUCUGCCGCAGCCAACUGGUAUGCGCGAUCACGAAAUCCACGAUCUGUACCGCCUCCUACUACAUCAACAAAACCGCUCCAAACCAGACAAUGUCGUUCUGGACAAUAAUAAAGACUCUUUUAAGGCAUUUGGGUCGGCCACCGCCCGAGGAAUUGGACGUGGCACGAAAGCAGUGUCUAAAGCCGGCUACGACACGUAUAAGAAGAAUGAAGCGAAAAGAAAAGGAUUACCUCCACCUGGAGAGACCGAGUCCGAAGCUGGACCCAGUGCUCACUAUGAAUACACGCCUCCUGACAAGGAGAAGCUAGCUGCCUUGCCUGGCCCAGUUAAAAGAAACGUUGGAGCUUACGACGUGCCUAAGGCAGGAGAGAAAUCGAAAUACCCUGCUCCAGCUCAGAGGCCUCUGUAUGAUAGCCAACUGAGCCAGCAAAGCCAGCCCCAGCUACCUCCUCAGCCCCAGCAGCAAUACCAACCGAACGCUCAACAGGGCUACCAGCCUCCUCAACAACCGCAAGAGGGUUAUCAGCAACAGGGUUAUCAACAGCCUCCACAGCAACAGCAGCAACAGCAGCCUUAUCAGCCUCAGCCGUAUCAACCCCAACCGUACCAACCACAGUCGUUUCAGCCACAACCGUACCAGCCUGCUCAAGCUCCUGCUCAAGAUCAGCAACUGGGCGCCCCUCCAAGCUAUCAGCAGGCUCCUGGUACCACCCCUUCCUAUGCUCAAGCUCCAGGUACCACGCCCUCGUACUCACAGGCUCCGGCAACCACACCAGCCUACUCGCAGGCGCCAGGAGCAGAGCAAAGAGGAGCUCCGCCUCCUCCACCGAGAGAAAACUCGACAUCUUCUCUGAUCCAGCAAGUUCCGCAGGUUCAGCAGCCACCAGCUCAAGAGGCAAUCUCUUCUGACUCCACGGGCGAGCUGAAAAAAGUGUCCAUGUUCAGAGGAGACAACGAUCUCUCUCAGUUCGCUCCUCCGCCUAUCCACAAGGGAAGAAACGGAGGCUCGGUUCCUGUCACACCAAGGUCGCCUGCCAGUCUGCAUGCUUCGCUUCCCUCCAGGGAGUCUGCCAAAUCGCCAGAUGCACCAUCUCAGCCUGGUUCUAUCAAAAGAUAUCAGAGCACGGCCCCAGAUCCUACGCUGUUCGCUCCUCCUCCGCCAAUGAGGAAAGAAGGACAGGCGCCUCCGCCACGAACAAAACCCAAGCCUGCUCUGGUAAUGCCACCCCAGCCUCCACCACAGGUGCAACCACCACCUCAGGUUCCAGCUCCACCUCAGGUUCCGGUUUCAAACCUGACACCCGCUACUGGUCCUCCACCUCAGUUGCCUCACAGAUCAACGGACACGGGUUCCGUUGCAGCAAAUAAACCAACCAAGGCUCCUCCUCCAAAACCGGCGACAAAGCCAACGCUUCACACCGAGAAUUCAGCGUCUUCUAUUCCUCCUAGUCUUCCCACAAGAGAGGCCCCACGGGCCAAUUCACCUCCACCACCAUAUACCCUUGCUGAGCAGGAAGAGGACACACCAGCGGCUCCUGCUCCAACUGCCGCCCCAUCUGGUGCUCCCAAUUUUGCGGCAGAGAUUGCUCGUUUGAAAAGCGGUGGUGAAACGCAACCCGAAGCUGCAAUCCCAUCAAAGAAGGUUCCACCUCCAAAACCUGCUAAGCCAGUGAAGCCACCAAAGCCUGCAAAACCAUCGUUUCAGCUGAAGCCUGCGCUGGCCAAACCAGAGAUUGCGCCAAAGCCAGAGAUUGCAUCAAAACCAGAGGUGGCUCCUAAGCCAGAAAUAGCUCCUAAGCCAGAGGUUGCUCCAAAACCGGCUGUUGCACCAAAACCGCCAGUGGCACCAAAACCAACGACAGAAAAGGAAGCUUCAAGACCCACUCCGGCUCCUAAACCUGCUCCUCCAGUUUUACCACGAAGAGAGUCAGUGCAAUCUAAUUCAAGCGAUGGUCCGGUUUCUCGUGGUCUUCCGCCAUCCAAUGCAAUUCCCCCAAAACCAACGAACUCUUCUUUGUCUGACGCCUCCCAAGCUAAUCAGCCUCCUAUAGUGCCAAUUGUACCACAGGGAAGUCAGGCGGCAGUCCAACAAGCUCAGCCCGCCCAGCCUACUCCUCCUGCUCCCGCUGCACAACCUGAGGCACCCGUGCCGCCUAAACGUAAUUAUGAUAGGAAAGCUGCUCCAUUGCCUCCACAAGCUGCCUCCAGUCAACCAGCUUCUGCUCAACCGGCUCCUGUGCCUUCUGGUCCCCCGCAACUUGAUCUUGAGAUGGGCACGGGAUGGUAUAUGGCAACGGACAAGCCCAUGCUGCUCCCCAAAUCCCUUGAAGGUCUUAACUACUCCACCUCAUUCAUGUACUCGACCCAGGGCGGGCCUGGUGGUAUGAAGAAGACAUCGACCAGGGAGUUGAACGUUCGUCUCAAGGACCUUUCAAAAAUCAAGUAUAAGUUCACCUGGGUCAAUGAGGACAUCAGUCUGGCCAAUGUGGCUAUCGAUCACUACAUGCCCUCUCCAAUCGACACCAGAGUUCCUCAACAUGCUGAUCUUGUUGCCUACAGUCAACAGUAUGGUGAGAACGUGGCAGGCUACUCACUUCACCAUGAAGGUCAACAAGUUGGUCGUGGUGAGUGUUGGGAUCUUGCCAAGUUUGCGUUGGAGCAAGGAUGUGGCAACCAGGCCUUCGUUUCCACAUACUACCAUCACGGACUCCCUAUACUUGAAGUGCAUGGAACCCCCAACGGCCCUAUGAUGAUGCGUCCACAACUUGACGAGGUACGCCGUGGUGACAUACUCCAGUUCAACAGUGCCAAGUUUGAAAACAAAGCUACUGGGUCUACGCAGACCGCUGGAGACCCCGACCAUACCUCUGUUGUGAUUGACAAGGUGGGAGAGAAGAUCUAUGUAGCCGAGCAGAAUGUGGGCAGUGUCAAGAUCGUCAAGAGAGGAGAAUACGAAAUCGGCAAUAUCACGCAGGGUUCUGUGGCCGCCUACAGGCCUAUGCCUGCUGGGUGGGCUGAGUGA